CGACAGAAACACACAAGACCGGUGUUACCAGGCGGUUAACAAGAGCAAUGUGAUAGAGAGUUAGUGAGGAAGUGCCGGGAAGUCACAAUCUAAACAGUCAACAAGAUGGCAUCGCACCCGGGAGGAGGCGACCAAGGAAAUACUAAAGAUCAGAUACUGGAAGUGGGAGCUGUUUUGUUAAAAGAUUUCAUCUACGAGCGGGUUCAACGUCAUGGAUACAGCAACCCGGGAGGAGGCGACCAAGGAAAUACUAAAGAUCAGAUACUGGAAGUGGGAGCUGUUUUGUUAGAAGAUUUCAUCUACGAGCGGGUUCGACGUCAUGGAUACAGCAACACUUUGGUGCCAAAGGCACAGCUGGGCGGAAGAGAGCGGUGGGACCCCAUGGAGCUCUUCCAGCAACUGCAGCAGAUCGGACACGAGUUGGACGGCAAUGUAGAGCUCCAGAGGAUGAUAAACGACUCUGCGCUCAGUCCAUCAAAAGACGUGUUCAUGAGAGUCGCCUAUGAGAUCUUUUCAGACGGAAAGUUCAACUGGGGCAGGGUGGUCGCACUAUUCUACUUUGCCUGUCGACUCGUCAUCAAAGCUCUCCUGACAAAAGUUCCUGACAUCCUCAUAACAAUAAUCAGCUGGACCAUGGACUACCUCCGGGAAAAUGUGAUCAACUGGAUCAGGGAGCAAGGUGGCUGGGAGGGUAUUCGUUCCCACUUUGGCACACCCACGUGGCAGACGGUGGGGGUUUUCUUGGCCGGUGUUCUCACCACUGUCAUAGUCAUUCGCAAGAUGUGAGGGGUUUGUGAAGAGCAGACCGUGUGGAAGAUGAGAGGAACUACGACGAAGGGAAAUGUGGACGGGAAUAAAAGCAUGAAAGAACAACUGAAAGAGAGCAGAAAGAAGUUCUGGCAGAGUGACAGAGUUGAACAGCUUGUAUUUGGACAUGUUUCUGCCUAAAUCUCAUCUUUUAAGGAUUGGCAGUUGGACUGAGGACUGAAUGCACUAACGUAGUGCCCAUGAGGACGUUGUACCACUGAGGAAUUUUGCGGUACACAAAAUCGGGAGGGGGGUGGUGGUGGAGAGUUUGUCAGACUGAACAGGAAAUGCAUUUUAAGUAAUUUAUUUUUUACUUGGUACAUAUAAAAAGCGUCACUGCAUUCUGUUCUUUUUUCCCCCCCUUAAAGAUAUAUGGACUUAAAUUUUGAAUGACGUUUAGUUCCCUUUCUGCAUCAUUUUCAUUGUAAUUUUAUUUAAUUUUUUUUGCAGUCGGACUGCUUUUCUGAUCUUCCCAUUCUCUCCAUCAGUUUCAUCAUGGUGUCUGUAUGCUAGGGGAUCCAUUUUUCAUACGUAUUUGUGAGUGUUAACUAGUGUAAAUCUGUAAUAAUCUGCUGGCAAUGAACGUGUUUGGAGGGUGGUCACAUCCCAAAAAAAAAAAGAAGAUAUUUUUUGUUUUACCAAGGAGAUGAUACAGAUGAAGAGAACUUACACCUCUGAUAAUUUUUGGGUUCAGACUUUCCCAAAUAAUUUCUGCCCUUGAAUGCAUGGCUCAACCUUGUUUCAGGAGAUAAUAUAAGUGCCACAGCAGGGACUUGUGUACAAAGUUAUGUUUACAAUCAACAUGAAUCAUCACAUGAAUUCAAAAGUCACACAAUCUCAGCAGCUGAAUCUAAAUUCUUAUCUUGUGGAACCUAUGCUGCCUCUGGGCAUUUUGACCAGCAUUGUGACCUUGAGGAAAAAAAAAAAACGACCCCUGCCUAUUGUUUUUGUGUCGAGACUUGAGCCACAUGUCAUUUCUUGUGGCACAUGGAAGAUGUUGCACUGCAGACGCAGAAAGUACUGGAUUGCUCACAGGUGCUUACCUCACUUCACACAUAUUCCAAGUACUGUAUUUUCCCGUGAGUAAUUCAAACUGCACUCUUUAUCUACACAGCAAAUGGCUUUUUAUACAUUUUUCUUGUUUGUCAGUGCCUUGAUGUUUUUUUUACUAUGAAAUCACUUUGAUAUUCUCAGAUUUUCACCUUUUUCUAUCACAUUUGUAAAGCUGAAAUUAGUUUCCGGUCUCCCUGAAAAUCUUUUUGCAGUGACCUUGUAUGUUGUAAUGGAAAAUGGAAAAUAAAUCUUUUAACUCUUA